AUGCCAGAGGCACCUAAGAUAUCAUCAACUAACCAUCAGGAGAGUUGUCUUGAUGAUAAGAAUCAACAGGUUCUUCAAUUCAUCGAAGAUGUUACUAGCAAUGCAAAAGAAGUUCAAAGAAGAGUUCUUAAUGAAAUUCUUUCGCGUAAUGCUGGAGUUGAGUAUCUGCAAAGGCAUGGCUUCAAUGGACAGAUUGACUAUGAAACAUUCAAGAGCACCUUCCCAGUUGUCACGUAUGAUGAUCUUAAACCAGAUGUUGAUCGUAUAGCCAAUGGUGAUACUUCCCCCAUACUUUGUUCUCAGCCCAUCUCAGAGUGCCUAACAAGCUCUGGCACGUCCGGGGGAGAAAGAAAAUUGAUGCCAACAAUUGAAGAAGAGCUAGGAAGGAGGUCAUUGCUGUACAGCCUUCUGAUGCCUGUGAUGAACCAGUUUGUUCUUGAUUUGGAUAAGGGCAAGGGGAUGUACUUCUUGUUUGUCAAAUCAGAAGCUAAGACACCAGGUGGUCUUCUGGCACGUCCAGUUUUAACUAGUUACUACAAAAGUUCACACUUUAGGGACAGACCUUAUGAUCCUUACGCCAGUUACACUAGCCCAAAUGAAGCAAUUCUUUGCUCAGAUUCUUAUCAAAGCAUGUACUCUCAAAUGCUUUGUGGGCUGUGUCAAAAGGAUGAAGUUCUUCGUGUUGGAGCUGUCUUCGCUUCUGGUUUCAUCAGGGCUAUUCGAUUUCUCCAAAAUCACUGGCCUCUUCUUUGCAAUGAUAUUCGUACUGGAACUCUAAACCCUGAAAUAAUUGAUCCCUCAGUGAGAGAAGCUGUUGUGAAAAUUCUUAAACCAAAUCCACAACUGGCAGAAGUUUUAGAGAUUGAAUGUAGAAAGGAGUCAUGGAAAGGCAUCAUUCCAAGAAUAUGGCCUAACACAAAAUACAUAGAUGUUAUUGUCACUGGUACCAUGUCUCAGUAUAUUGAUACACUCAAUUUCUAUGGCAACAAUCUCCCAUUGGUUUGUACCAUGUAUGCUUCUUCAGAGUGUUACUUUGGAGUCAACCUUAACCCUCUUUGCAUGCCAAGUGAGGUUGUUUACACUAUUAUUCCUACCAUGGCCUAUUUUGAGUUCCUGCCUGUGACCUCAGAAUAUGAACCUGUGCCUCUCAACCCUAACAAGCACCAUAAACUAGUUGAUCUUGUUGAUGUGCAGCUUGGACAGGACUAUGAGCUUGUCAUAACUACUUAUGCAGGGCUCUAUCGAUAUCAUGUAGGGGACAUUCUUCGAGUUGCUGGAUUCAAGAACAAGGCACCUCAAUUUACCUUCAUAUGCAGAAAGAAUGUUGCUCUUAGCAUUGAUUCAGAUAAAACAGACGAGGUCGAGCUCCAUAAUGCUGUCACAAAAGCUGCUAAUAGCCAUCUCUUGCAAUUUGAUGCAUCUCUUAUAGAGUACACAAGCUAUGCAGACACAUCCACUAUUCCAGGACAUUACGUUUUAUAUUGGGAAAUAGGCUUCAACAGUGCGAAGUCAAUUCCUGAAUCAGUUUUUGAAGAUUGUUGCCUGACAGUUGAGGAAUCACUAAACAGUGUGUAUCGUCAGGGACGAGUAUCAGACAAUUCCAUUGGUCCAUUGGAAAUAAAGGUAGUAAAGAAUGGAACUUUUGAUAAAGUUAUGGACUUUGCUAUCAGCAAUGGUGCAUCAAUUAAUCAGUACAAGGCACCAAGAUGUGUGAAAUAUGCCCCAAUUGUUGAGAUCUUGAACUCUGGAGCUGUUUCCAAUUACUUCAGUCCAAAGUGUCCCAAGUGGUCUCCUGGUCACAAGCAAUGGUGCACCAACUAA